UGCAGAAAGAUCAAUAUUGAAACAAGUCCAGCCCCCUUACUGCACCAAAUGACAAUCAGUUGACUCUGUUACACCUGAUCACACUAAACAAACCAUGUUUGCCGGGUAUAUGUUGAGGAAGCAGCACAAAAGCACAGUUCAGUCGGCAAACCAUUCUUAGCCAUCUCACAGUACGUGAUCUUCAUGGUACCGAUCGAUCAAGUUCCUCCACUGUGUUGGAGCAGACAUGAAGUAUAAUUUGUGCUGCAUGGGAAAUUGCCAACAUCAGAUGCUGGAGACACCAAAAAACAGAAUGUUAUAUGUGUAACUGCUUGACUUUCUUAUGGAUACUGAUGGUACAUGCACUGAAGCAUGUCUGCAAUCUCUUGAAUGACACAUGCUUUUAUGCCAAAACAAAAAGUAAUCUUGAAUCAGAAUUUCCAUUUAUUGACCAAAACAGGGGAAAAAAAUAACAUUUGAGAUGAAUCUACCCUGUUUCUGUCUACUCUUCCAGCAACCAUGGAAACUACGUCCAAUGCACAAAUGACUACUACUUCAAACUCUACAGCAGAAGCUACGACUGUCUCAACACCAUUUGCAAUCUUUGUCAAGAUUUUGAUGGAAACUACACCACAGGAAGCAGAAAUAAAUACAUCCUCCAACUCAACCACAGAGGGUGUCGUUUAUCCAACUGCAUCAACACCAUUUGCAAUUCUUGCCAAGACUUUGAUGGUCAUUGCCAUCAUUCCUAACCUCUUUCUGAAUCCACUGAUGCUUGUCACCUUACGUCGUGUCACCAGCAUCCAGCCAACAACCAAAAUAUUCAUGGCUUCUCUCACCCUGUGUGAUCUGUGCAGAAACUUGUGGGGGAUCCUAAUCCUAACAUCAUUGCUUGCUGACACUUGGCUGUUGGGAUCUUUUCUUUGUGCAGCAAAUCAGGUGAUGCUAUUCCUCUUUACUGCGCUCAGUGUUAGUAUGCUUCUUCUUCUCACUGUGGAUCGUUACAUUGCUGUUUCCCAUCCUCUGCGGUAUCCCUCCAUAAUGACCGUGUUCAAAUCAAAGAUAAUUGUAUGUAGCACAUGGGCUACAAUCAUCGUAUCCUCCAUUCUGAUAAAUGGGUUUAAUCCUUUUUAUACUACAUUGGUUAUUGGUCAUAACAAGAGACUUUGUGUAGCAGAGACAUAUGACUGGAGAGUAUAUCUAAUUCUUGUAUUGGUGGUGCUUCAGCUACUGACCAUAUUCAUCCUGUAUGCACGCAUCGCCAUGAUAGCUCGCAAUCAAGCCCGACGCAUUGCUGCUGAAAACCAAGCAGGCAAUGGUCAAGGUGGGCAGAGAAUAAACACCAGAUCAACCACCACCAUCAUCAUCAUAACAGGGACUGUAAUCAUCACCUGGAUUCCUACACUAAUAAGGUUGGCAAUAGCUUCACAAAACCAAUGGGAGCCUUAUGUCAAUUACUUGGCCUAUAUUUCAACAGAAGCCAUGCUGUUGUCCAAUGGCUGGAUGAAUGUAAUUAUUUACUACCUGAGGAACAAGGACCUUCGCCAGGCACUGUUAGGAUUACUAACUGACUGGCGCCAAAGACUGUCCCAAAGAUUCUGA